AUGGUAUUACUGAAUGGCAACCAAAUCCAUGAUGGCCUACUUUUUGUGGCUAUCAUGUUGCUAUUCCUAACCUUUACGUUAUCCAUUCGUAUCCAUCUACUCAUUGGUUUAUGGGUCGCUGGGCUUGGAUUUUAUGCUAGUCUAUCAUGUUACAGCACAUACCGACAUUUAACUGAGGUGAUCAUGCUAACGAGAAAGAAGAAGCCUAGAAAGCGAGUCGAUAGUAGCGUGUGCAAAGUUUGUGACACCCCUGGUUGCAGAAGGCAUCGACCCAUGUCAACCGUUUCCCAGCUAGAGCCUUGGAUAAACACUUCGGUAACGGAAAAAGUCGAUGACGCCUUAACGGAGUUUUUCAAUUUACUUUUGGAGAAUUAUGUCUAUUAUUGGUACAGCCAAUUCAGCUCUCAUGAAGGCCUAGUGAACAGCAUCAGAGAGUCGAUUCGAUUUAUUGUUUCCAGCCUUACCGUUAGAGCUAUAAGGAUCGACUUAACUUCAGUACUAAUGGAAAAAGUAUUUAAGGCCUCAUUUCAGCAACUAGAUGUUUUUGUGAAAGCAAAACAGCUCUGCGAUGGUAAUGAAAAAGAUCUUGAAUUAGAAACUUUACGUUUAUUGGGACCGAAUUUACAUGUUGCCAUGAGAAGUAAAGAAAAAGAAGUGUUUUAUUUACGAUCUCUAGCAAAUUCAAUCGUAACAAUCGUUAUUCCCGCAGAUCUAGAGAAUUGCAGGUCACUUCGUACCCUCUUCAGAGAAAUUUUUUGCUGCACGAUUUUGCAUAAAGCUCUACAUACUGUAUCUGAACCGAAUGUAAUCAACACAGCCAUAUAUUCAUUCUGUGAUCCAACAAAGAUCGAUUGUCCUGAUGAUUCUCACUUACCUCGAGUGCCCAUUCUAUCAGCGUUUCAAAAGAGGAAAACUGUAUCGAUCUGCCAUCCCUUCCAUACGUCCUUGCAGAAAGCUAUGUCAGAGCCAACGAUGUUAUUUCCUUUUCAAAAAUUUAUGCAACGAAGAGGCGUCAUUCAUCUAGUUAGUUUUUGCAGGACUGUAGAGGAUUUUACUAACCGCGGUUCCAAAGUAAAUUCGGCAUCGAAUGAAAUUGAAGACAUAAAUAGACAGGCUCUGCAAAUAUAUGCAGAAUAUUUCGCGCCUGAUGCUCCCAGUAAAAUUCCGUGUUCCCGAGGUAUCGUCUCUGAAAUAGAAAAGCUUAUCGCCAACAAGAAAGAUGCGCUACUUUACAUUCGUUUAGCAAAUCCACUGUAUCGUGCAUACGGAUACAUAAUGGCAACAUUAGAAAAUGUAUAUUUGCCAAACUUUUAUGAGUCGGAAGAGUUUUACAAAAUCAAAUUUUCUCAAAAAACUAAUGAAAAUAAGGAUAAGAGAAUUUCGUGGGGUAGGAAGAGUUCAGCGCACAAGAUGCCAGCUUCUAAAAAAAAAUCAAUGCCCGGAUUGGUGGAAGGGUCAAGCCGUUCAAGUAUAAUCGAUGAUAAAGAGGUGGAAAUUGGCUCACACAGCAAUUCACAUGAUGGAAUUGGCGAAACAGCUUAUGGUAGACAGAAGUCUGAAAGCAACGCUUCGGAGUUAUUAUUCGAUCAGAAUUACGACAUAAGCAAGUGGUUUAUCGAAGUUCCUGAAGCAACCGUUAAAAGCGAUAGUAAUGGAAGACAGAUUUCUGCUUAUCACAUUUCUGUUUCAAGGAGAGAAGAAUCGGAAGACAGCAAUACUGCUGAUGAGCGUGCAUGGACUGUCAGAAGGGGAUUGAUGGAAUUCUACGUUCUCCAUAAUAAGCUAAAGGAAUUUCAUGAAGAGAAUCUGGAUGAUAGUUUAUUACCGAACAGGAAAGCGUUUAGUAAUAAAUCCUGGGAAUUUUUCGAAUCUAGGAAAAUGUUCAUGGAGCACUAUUUACAAGAUCUUUGUUCGAAGCCUUUCCUAACAUCAAGUGGUCUACUAUAUGCAUUUCUGUCACCUGAUGAAAGAUUCGAACACAUGUUCGAACCCGAUGUAAUCCUUAAGAAAGCAGAUAAAUUUUUCAAGCAGGUCCCAACAAUGUUUAAAAAGGAGAAAGGGCAGUCCAUCGAUAUCUUCCUUCAGAACUUCGCUCAUACGGCCAUUGAAGCAGACAACGAUAGUGGGAGACUAAGUAUAUCACAAGAUACAGAAGUACCUGAGUUUCAAUUAGCUCCUGAGCCUGAAAUUGACUUAUGUGAUCUGUUACAAAUGACACAGGCUGAAAUUGAGGCAAAAAAGACUGAGGCGUUUGAGCGUUUUAUAAGCUUUCUUCCAGACCUUCUACCAAAAUGGAUUGGUAAAUCGAAAUAUCGUGAUGGAGUCGGUAUUGCAUUUCAAAUGCUGCAGUAUCCCAAAUUAAACCGGCAGCUCCUUUAUGUUUUACUGGAUACGUUAAUAACUGAAAUUUUUCCGGAAAUUGAGAAUUAA